AAAAGAAAAAGAAAAAAAAAAGAGCUGCACAGAGUUCAAUUUAUCUAUCCGUUAUAGUAACUUUUCCAGCUUGUACAGUUUUUGCUCUCUUUUUUUCACCCUUAAUUAAUACUAGCAAUGGCUACAUCUCUCUCACCUUCACAUCUUAUCCCAAUAAUUUGUCUGCAACUGCCCAAUUCCAGUUUAUCUUAAAUUCCUUCACUCCCCUCCUCACGUUUGGCUAAUGUCUGCCUCUCUCACUCUUUUCCUAGUCUUUGACAGCUCGAAAAAUGCAGUCUCUGCACAACUUUCUCAUUUAAGCUGUAUUUUUUUUUAGAAAACGCUCACACACAAAUGUUUGUUACCGUCAUUGAACGAAUCUAUGUAGGGUUUUGUUGGCUGCAUUAUCUUUGCAGAACUGAAGCUGCUAGGUAGCUUUACUAAUAUAUAUGUACAAAUGAGGAGUUGCAAUAGUGUGGUUUUGGUGUUUGCGUCAUGGCUCCUGUUGUUUGCUUGGACAACCCAUGAGUUGAAAAGCUACGAGAUGCAGCUCCUCCUUCAGCUGAGGAAGCAUUUAGAGUACCCAUUGGCCCUCGACCUCUGGGAAAACAGCACGGCCGCCGAUUUGUGCUCUGUGCACGAUUUUUUCACCAUCACUUGCCAACAAGACUCUGUUACUGAGCUCAGGAUUAUGGGAGGCAAGCCUGCAGCAACACGGGCCACUGCCGAUUUCACAGGUUUUGCCAUUCCGAAUCACACGCUAUCUUCCAGUUUCUCUAUUGACUCUUUUGUCACCACACUCACCAGGCUGUCUAGCUUAAGGGUCCUUAGCCUGGUGUCUCUAGGCAUCUGGGGCCCACUGCCCGAUAAGAUUCAUCGCCUUUUCGCGCUCGAAUCUCUUGACCUGAGUUCGAAUUUCCUAUUCGGUUCGAUCCCUCCCGGGAUGUCGAGAUUGGUGAGGCUUCAAAGUCUGACAUUUGAUGACAACUUUUUCAAUGGCACAGUCCCUGAUUGGUUGGGCUCAUUCACAAAUCUCACCAGUUUGAGCUUAAAGAGCAACAGGUUGAAGGGCCAGCUUCCUUCGAUUUCAAGAAUUACGACCCUGACUGAGCUAGUUCUGUCACACAAUUUGAUUUCAGGUGAAUUGCCUGAUCUGAGCAGCCUCUUUAAUCUGCAGCUGCUCGAUCUGAGAGAAAACAAUCUGGAUUCCAAACUGCCUCCUUUGCCGAAAGGGCUGUCCAAUGUUUUCCUCAGCAACAAUUCAUUUUUGGGUAUUAUACCGGAACAAUUCGGGAAACUGAGUCAACUUCAGCACCUUGACCUGUCGGACAAUCAUCUUACUGGAGCCCCUCCUGCUUCGCUCUUCUCUUUGCCCAAUAUUAGUUACCUUAAUUUAUCCUCCAACUCUCUUAGUGGAUCACUUCCCGAGCAUCUUAGCUGUGGCAAAGCACUUAGUUUGGUUGAUCUUUCUGAGAAUAGAUUGAUUGGUGAGCUUCCGGAUUGCUUCGAUACUCCUGAUGAUGGUAGAAUUGUUAAAUUGUGGGGAAAUUGCUUCUCCAUUGAUGCCAAGAAUCAGCACCCUGCAGCUUACUGCAAAGAUAAAGUCAAGGGGGAAAGACGAAUAUCAUCUGUGAUGGUAACAGCAAUUUUGGCUGGUGUGAUUGGUGGGGUUCUCAUUGUUGUGGUAAUCCUCUUGGUCAUUCGUCUUUUCUUGUGUAAACGAAAUCGUACUCAGCAGACCUUUAUCCAGCACACUGCGCCUAAGGUUAAGCAAGAUAGUGCACCGUCAGGGUUUUCCUCAGAACUUCUUGCAAAUGCCAGAAUCAUUACUGAGGCAGCAAAAAUGGGGAAUCAAGUUGCUCCACCCUAUAGAGUGUUUCAUGUAAAAGAACUGGAAGAAGCCACCAAAAACUUCGAUUUAUCCACAUUCUUGGGCGAGGGUUCUAUUGGAAAGGUUUACAAGGGAAGAUUAGAGAAUGGCACAACUGUUGCCAUACGAUCUGUGGCUUUAAUUAGGAAAUACUCAAUUCGGUAUCUUAGGCUGCGGCUUGAUUUACUUUCAAAGCUUCAUCACCCCCACUUGGUUGGCAUUCUUGGUCAUUGCAUUGAUGGAGAUGACUCAACUAUACAUAGAUUGUUUCUUGUGCAAGAAUUUGUUCCUAAUGGGAACUUCCGCUCUCAUCUUUCAGAGAGCACCACGGAUAAGGCCUUGAAAUGGUCAGAGAGAUUGAGUGUUGUAAUAGGUGUGGCAAAAGCUGUCCAUUUUCUGCAUACUGGGGUGAUUCCACCUUGUUUUAACAAUCAUCUCAAGACAAAUAAUAUACUUCUCGAUGAGCAUGGUAUUGCAAAACUUAGCGACUAUGGAAUGUCCAUCAUUGCUGCUGAAACUGAGAAACACCAAGCAAAGAGAGAUGCGUUUGAAUCAGGGCUACAUGUGGAGAAAGUGCAGGAUGAUGUUUACAAUUUCGGGUUCAUAUUACUCGAAGCCCUUGUAGGGCCUAUUGUAAGUGCAAGAGGGGAAUCAUUUCUACUAAAUGAAAUGACAUCAUUUAGCAGCCAGGAUGGCCGACGAAAAAUAGUGGAUCCAAUAGUGCUGACCACAAGCUCACAGGAAUCACUGUCGAUCGUGAUAUCCAUCACAAACAAAUGCAUAUCAGCGGAGCCUGCUAGCCGGCCGCCAUUUGAGGAUGUCCUCUGGAAUUUGCACUAUGCAGCUCAAGUUCAGGCAGCAUUUGACGAUGCUGAUCAGAAAUCCGCCACGGCUUCUCGUCAGAGCUUCAGUUGAAAUCUAGCCACAUAAUAUAUGAGGAUUGAGGAAGAUGAAAAAGCCUCUUUGUGCUAUUCUUGCUUUUUUUUUUUUAGUUUCCAUGCAAGUAGCUGGGUAAUAGAUGUAAAUAUGUCCUUUUGCAAUGUUGAUGAUUCUUUGAUUUCGAGCUGCAGAAUAGAUUAGAAAUCUGAGAUUCUUUUCUAAUAUGUAAUAAUAUUCAUUAGCAAUCUAGGAUAGAUCAUGUGCCCAGUGCUAGCUUUUCAAGGUAUUUACUUUACACAAUAAUGCUAAGGAGCUAACUGUUGGCUCCGUUAUGGAGCCAACAACCAAUAGGACAGCUCCAUGUGGGGCUGUCCCACAUUGGAGCCAUGUGGGACAGCCCCACAUGGACUGUCCCAUUG